AUGUACCUCAAGUCACAUCUACGAGGGCCAGCCGCGAGCCUUAUUGCCGGCUUUCAGUCUACGGCAGAAAACUAUAAAGACGCAGUACGGACCCUGACUAAUACGUAUGGAAGGCCGGAGAUUCUCCGAAAUAGGCUCUGGGACAAACUGAUGCAGCAGUCACCAGCAUCAGAAUCGCCAAUGUCGCAACGCGCGACACUUUGCACCAUCAAGGCCAUAUGGUCCCAAUUGAAACAUCUCAAGGAGGACUCUAGCGCCAUCGGCACGCUUAAGAUCAUUCGUGCCAAAUUUCCUCGACGUACACGCGAGAAAAUUGGCGAAUACAAGACGAAGGGAGAUUCGAUGUGGACAGUGGAUGAAUUGCUUUCGACGUUAGAUACCAUCAUUGAUAGACUGGAAACUGUGGAAGAUGCUGACCCAUCGGACUAUCAUUCAUAUAACUCCCAAGCAGCAUCCCGUCAAUCUUCUCCUUCGCCGCCUAGGUAUCCGAGCGCGAGUCGCAACGAUCCAGCGUUUACGCGCUAUCGCACGUCAUCGUACUACCCACGACGUUCGUCGCAAUCGCGCACACCAUCACCCUACAGCAGGCACAACAGACCACCAACACCAUACUAUCCUCGCACUACGUCGCGCAGUCCCAGACCACGUUAUGUAGCUCGUUACGAGCCUCAGUGUGCCUUUUGUUGUGAGCUUGGACAUUCAUCAGAGCGAUGCAGGAUUGUGCAGGAUAUCGCGCAGCGUAGAUUGUUUGCGACAGUCUUCUUUUCACCAGCUAGGCGUGCCCCAUCCGCGCGCCGAUCACGUAGCCCUACCUCCGCAGUACACACGGCCACCCGUACUACUGACCUACCUUGUACUACCAGAGACGCGCAAGCAGAACUUCUUGAUCAACAACAGGCUUGUGUAGGCUCACAUUCACCAUCAUCAUGCACUUCUGUUUGUUCUCAAGAGUCGGUGCACCAGGAGCCGCGCCUAAUGGUAGUACAUGCUGUGACGAAGAACUAUAGAACGAGAACGGAGGAGCUUCUGACAGUGUUUUUGGACAGUGGCUCGCAGUAUAGUUUUAUCUGUACGUCGUUAGCCAAACACUUAGGCUUACCGUUCCGUAACACUAAGGAAGUUACAACUCUGACAUUCGGAGGUCAUCAGUUUACGGAGGAAUCGUCAGACGUCACACUCGUACUCUGGGACCAGUAUAACUAUCCGAUUGAACUCGAGCUAUGGACGCGCGAGACUAUCACGACGGUCCCACGGAUUAAUACUCUAAACGACAGUGACAUCGUCGAUUACGAGGAUAGAGUCGAGGUCGAGGUGUUGAUUGGAAUUGAUAACUAUUGGCGGGUUGUAGACUUGCACAAGAACGAGAAGUUACCAUCUGGCUUAACGUUGUCGCAUACGAGAUUUGGACCAGUUCUAUCUGGAUCGAAGUACCCGGUUGUCUCCAAUACCCUUUUAGCAACCAAGACCCUCCUUACGGAUGACGAGCCGGUAAGCGACCAUCUUGUGCGAAGUCUCCUUGGCCUCGACACAGUUGCGAUAGAAGAACAUGAGAAUGCAGAAGAUGCUAACGUCAUCAAGCACUUCUAUGACACGAGCGAAGACCAGGACGAAUGCUCUCUUUUCAGCACGAUAGAUAUUACUUCCACUAUAACAUCGGACGAUUUUACGGCAGCUGAACUUGUACUCAUACGCGAACAUUAUCGCGAAAGUCAGCGCCAAAUGGACGGAUCGUAUGUGAAGAAACUCCACACGAAAUACGAUACGGACGGUACUAUAAGAGUUGACUUGCGUAUGACCAACGCGCAGAUGAGCGAUACAAAGAUAGAGGCCAUUCUCAACACCAGGCCACUCUUUCCGGUAAACUCGGUAAAUCCCAGUGCAAAUGCGGCCAUUCGACCGAUCGAUUUGAUAUCGCCACAGUUCCGAAUAGCGCGCUUGACUCACAGUCUGCCUCAGAAGGUUAAAAACUCGUCGAGCGACAACUAUCAAGCGCUUAACACGCGCUACAGAAUACUGCAGACCGACUUAGACCGUUCUUGGGAUGUCUGGCAGAAGGAAUACUUAUCAGUAUUGGCGGAAAGAGAAGCUGUACGCGCGAAAACCCGGUCUUCUAUGAAACUACCAAGAGUCGGUGAAGUUGUGCUCGUCAAAGAGGACGCGCCGAGAUCAAGCUGGCCAUUGGGACUUAUUUUGGAAUUACACACCUCUAACGAUGGCAAUAUAAGAUCAGCCAGAAUCAGAACAGGCAAAAGGAGAGUGGUCGACCGUGCAGUGAAUCAUUUAUUGCCUCUGGAAGUAGUAGCAGAGAGUGAGGAGCCUUCUCAAGGUGAUUGUCAGCGUAGCGCGAAGGCGCAACAUCGUCAUCGUGGAGUGUCUAAGAAGUAG